AUGAACGAUUCUAACGCGCAUACGCGUAUUGCCAGCGCCUCGUUGUGCCUACCAAUGUUCAGCUGUUGGCCGAUGGCAAUAUGCGAAGCUCGUUCGACCUCAGUUCAACCUCUGACCAAACAUCCGUUUGCCCGACAAGGCGGCGCCGAGCGAUAUGGAAAAGUGGAAGAGAUCACGUCUUUCUCCAAUAGCAGCCGUGAAUGCGCUAUUCUGCAACGAACAAAGCGAUCAACUUUUCGUAACGCUGAUCGGCCGCUGGCCACGCAGUGUAAAUACAUCUGUGACGUAAACAACGUAGGCGUUCACACGGCGAAGACGUACACAAAACAAGGACGACCUCAAAACGAUUAUGCCGACCGACGGUCAGAUUGGAAGGUUGGCCUACGGCUAGACACAUCAUGCAUCGCUGCAGCUGCAGCGCAGCCAAUAACCGCACUCUCGAGCGCGGACUCACCACGUGAUUGCGACUGUCCGCCAGAGGGCCAUCCGGCGUUCGCGGUUUGCUAUUCGUCGGUUACGACUCGUCGCGCUGUAGAAAAAAAAAUCAGCUGA